CACCGUGCGGCGGGGACCAGCAGCACCGGCUCCUGCUCUGCGUGCGCCCCUGCCUCUGCCAGUCUGCAGCGCUCCAAGAGGAGGGCGCCUUGCUGAGCUCACCAGAGCCCGUCUCGCCGCCCGGCUUCCCGGCGGAGCAGCAGGAAGCCGAGGGGAAGAAACUCCACUCCCUCUGCCUCUGGAGAGCUGCUCCCUGGAGCCGCCAGAAAACGCUUCGCCAGCGCCAAAUGGAUUAUCUCUGUGUGAUGCUGUCUUGCUUGUUUCCUCUCAGCUACUGGUUUGCUACAGCGAAGGCAGCAAAACCCGAAGAGCACCUCCUGUCUGGAAAGCUAAGUGAGUAUGGUGUGAUUGUGCCCUUCAGUACAGAUUGCCAGGGACGAUUCCUCUCGCACAUGGUAUCUGGCUUAGUGGCAGCAGGCAGUCCUGAAGCCAGCCAUCCUUCCACCCCACCCUCUGCUCGGCACAGGGUGGCCCGCAGCACCCUGGAUGAGACACUGCACCAAGGCAGAGCUGGAAAUCGCUUGUUAUACUUCAAUGUCACGGUCUUUGGGAAAGAACUGCAUCUCCGCCUGAAGCCCAACCAUCGACUUGUGCCACCUGGAGCCUCUGCUGAAUGGCAGGAAGAUUUUCAAGAGCUAUUCCGAGAGCCCCUCCAGCAGGAGUGUCUCUUCACUGGGGACGUCACAGGCAUGCCGGGUGCUGCUGUCGCUAUCAGCAACUGUGAUGGACUGGCUGGCCUGAUUCGGACGGACAGUAGUGAGUUUUUCAUUGAGCCUUUGGAGAAGGGGCAGCAGGAGAAGGAAGAGAAUGGGAGGGCACAUGUGGUCUACCGCAGAUCCGCUGUCAGACAGGAAAGAGCAGAAUCACACAAGGAUCUUCAUAAUGAAGUUCCAAGCUUCAGUGUGGGUGAGCUCCCAAACUCACUGGACCUGAUUGAAGACCGGCUUGGUGAAGUGGACCGGAAGAGACGCCACGCCAAGAAGGAUGACUACAACAUUGAGGUCUUGCUGGCAGUGGACGAUUCAGUUGUGCGGUUCCAUGGGAAGGAACACGUCCAGAAUUAUGUCCUCACACUCAUGAACAUAGUGGAUGAAAUUUACCACGACGAGUCCUUGGGGGUUCACAUUAACAUUGUCUUGGUCAGAAUGAUCAUGGUGGGAUACAGACAGUCAGUCAGCCUGAUAGAGCGGGGGAACCCAUCUCGGAGCUUGGAACAGGUCUGCCGCUGGGCCCAUUCUCAGCAGCGCUCAGACCCAGACCAUGCUGAAUACCAUGACCAUGCCGUAUUCCUCACCAGGCAAGAUUUUGGUCCUGCAGGUAUGCAAGGUUAUGCUCCCGUCACUGGUAUGUGCCACCCUCUACGCAGUUGUACUCUCAACCACGAAGAUGGAUUCUCCUCAGCAUUCGUGGUUGCCCACGAGACCGGCCAUGUGUUAGGUAUGGAACAUGAUGGCCAGGGGAACCGGUGUGCAGAUGAGACCAGCAUGGGGAGCAUUAUGGCACCACUAGUGCAAGCUGCAUUCCACCGUUACCAUUGGUCCCGAUGCAGCAAGCAGGAGUUGAACCGAUACAUACAUUCCUAUGACUGCCUGCUAGACGAUCCCUUUGAGCAUGAAUGGCCCAAGUUACCAGAGCUCCCGGGAAUCAAUUACUCUAUGGAUGAACAGUGCCGCUUUGACUUCGGUGUGGGUUACAAAACAUGCACAGCUUUCAGAACCUUUGACCCUUGCAAGCAGCUGUGGUGCAGCCAUCCAGAUAACCCUUACUUCUGCAAAACGAAGAAAGGGCCCCCCUUGGAUGGGACCGAAUGUUCAUCAGGCAAGUGGUGUUUCAAGGGUCACUGCAUCUGGAAGACUUCAGAGCAGCCUUACAGCCAGGAUGGCAGCUGGAGUUCCUGGUCCAAAUUUGGCUCCUGCUCCAGGACAUGUGGGGGUGGGGUGCGCUCCCGCAGCAGGAACUGCAACAACCCACCUCCAGCCUAUGGUGGGCGCCAUUGCCCAGGUGCCAUUUAUGAGUACCAGGUCUGCAAUACUGAAGAGUGUCGUGGACCCUAUGAAGAUUUCCGUGCCCAGCAGUGUUCUAAGCGUAACUCUUAUUAUACCCACCAGAACUCCAAACACACGUGGCUUCCUUAUGAGCACCAUGAUGAUGCUCAGAAGUGUGAACUGAUUUGUCAGUCAGAGGAAACAGGAGAUGUGGUGUUCAUGAACCAGGUGGUUCAUGAUGGUACCAGAUGCAGCUACAGAGACCACUACAGUGCCUGUGUUCGGGGGGAGUGUGUGCAUGUUGGAUGUGACAAGGAAAUUGGUUCUUUGAAGCAGGAUGACAAGUGUGGUGUUUGUGGGGGUGACAAUUCGCACUGCCGGACGGUGAAAGGGACCUUCAUCAAAUCCCCGAAGCAGCCAGUGGGUGUUUUGAAAAUGUUUGAGAUUCCGGCUGGGGCCAGAUACAUUCAGAUAGAAGAGAUGGAGCCGGCCUCCCAUAGCAUUGCUGUUAAGAAUCAAGCUACUGGAAACUUCAUCCUUAAUGCCAAAGCCAAGGAAGCCAAAAGCAAAACCUUCAUUGAGAUGGGCUUGGAGUGGGAAUACACAAUUGAGAAUGGCAAGGAGAGCUUGAAAACCAGCGGCCCCCUGCAUGAAGCAAUCAGUGUGCUGGUUAUCCCAGAGGAAGAUGAGUCCAAGAGCAGCCUGAUGUAUAAGUACAUUAUCCAUGAAGACCUGCUGCCAGUGAUUGGAAACAAUAAUGUCCUUCUUGAAGAGAUGGAUUCCUAUGAGUGGGCCCUCAAGAGCUGGUCUCAGUGCUCAAAGGCUUGCGGAGGAGGCAUCCAGUACACCAAAUAUGGCUGUCGGAGGAAAAGCGAUAACCGGAUGGUGCAUCGGAACUUCUGUGAUAAUGGCAAGAAACCCAAGCCAAUCCGGAGGCGAUGUAACCCGCAGGAGUGCUCCCAGCCAGCAUGGAUGGCAGAGGAAUGGGGAGCCUGCAGCAAGUCCUGUGGCAAGCUAGGAGUUCAGAUAAGGGUGGUGCAGUGUGUCCAGCACCUCCUGAAUGGCACGAACCGGACGGUACACACCAAAUACUGCACAGGAGAUCGACCGGACACACGCAGGGCCUGCAGCCGCUUGCCCUGUCCAGCCCAAUGGAGGACAGGGGCCUGGUCCCAGUGCUCAGUCAGCUGUGGAGAAGGCAUCCAGCAGCGCCAGGUGGUGUGCAAGGCCAGUGACAAUAGCAUUGGGCAAUGUGAAGAUGAGAAACCAGAGACUGUCCAUGUCUGCAAAAUGGCAGCAUGCCCAGGAAAGCUACCAAGUAUUGCAGCAAACACAGAUACCAGUGAUCAUGUGACUCCGAAAGUACAGUGGGUACCCCAGGAUGGGCCCAAAAAUCCUGUUAAUAAGAUAUCUUCAAAAGAGCCUUGCCUUGGGGACAAGUCCAUAUUCUGUCAGAUGGAAGUUCUGGCUCGCUACUGCUCCAUCCCUGGCUACAACAAACUCUGUUGUGAGUCCUGUGGCAAAAAGGUCACCACCACCAGCAUGCCGCCCAGUGUAGACCAAAGUGCUUCAGAGACUGAAAGUCAUGAGGGUGCUUUCUUUUCCAGCCCAGUCACACCACUGCCCUUUCAUCCCACUGCCCGGCACCGCUCACAUAGGGUACAAAGCACAGCUGCCAAAGAGACAGAUGCAUCCCAAGCUGCUCACGUCCAGCUGUCCAGCACAGAAGGUUCAGCUUCCCAUGGAACCUCUUGGGCUAAUGCUGCGACCCAGUCUCGGGGCACUCCAGUCGAUGAUACUUCAAAAGUUGACACCUCAAGACCGCUACCUCCUAGCCGGCAGGCUGCAGCAGGGCAGAGUUCUGGGGAACUAUGGGGCAGCACUGCCUUUCAGUGGUUCUCUCCCGCCUUGAACAAACCUGCCGGUGCACACAGUGAAAGUGAUUUCUCUGUCCCCUCCCAGGGCAUAGCACGACAGAGAAGGCAUAAUACUGGAACCAAGCAGCUGGGGAACAGUCUCAGGAUCUCCUCCCCUGUUGUGACAUGAAGUAUUUUCCCAAAGUCUCUCUUGUCGACGGUUUACAUGGGCAGAGCAGCCAAGUUUCCGAGCCACUUUCGGAAACGGAUGAGACACGGAAUUAAAAACCGAACGGAAGGCUACCAAAAAAAUGGCUUCAUUUUUAUGACUUUUCGGCAGUGGCACUUUUUCAUUCUUUAUUGGAAUAAUGAAAAAAGAUCAGAUCAAAGGAAGAAACAAAAGGAAGAAACAGCACAGGCCACUGGGUUGCAAAUGAACCCCAAGCAGUGGCUGAGCCCGCAUGGCUUGUGCAGCCCACACCUGGUUACCUCAGAGAGUGGCUUGAAUCAAUCGGGCAUUUCCUUCCAAGGUGCUACAAAGAGAUUUUUCGAGCAAUAAAACAAAAGGCAACAGAAAGGACCUUUUGACCCUCAGCUCAGUCCUCACUCACCUGCUGCUGUUAUCCAUGUGGCAAGGAUCACAGUGGACUCUGAAAUCCUGUUGGAAAUGGUGCUGCAAAUAGAUUUUCUAUUCUUAACCUCAGUGAAGAGCAGAGCAGGGGGCAAGGGAACAGCAGGCCAGAUGGACUUGUACUCCAUACAUGUGGAUGGGGAGACCCAGUUUCAAAAGCAGGGUCAGGGGAGGGGCUGUCAGCAUCCUGACCCAGCUAGCAGAGGGAUGGUACGUGGCAGGGGUGGUCGGCUUCUUUGGGAGAGGGUGUGGUGGUCCUUGGACUGCACUUCGCUCACAACCUGUCUCCAGCUGCGUAGGGUGUCCUUUCAAGGUGGGCAGCCUGUGUUUGUGUCUGGAGGCCCUACGUAGUGAGGCAAUGGCAAGGUCAGUCACCAGAGAAGGAGGCAGAAGUGGGGGAAGGAGGGUGGCGUUAACCACAGAGAAAAUGAGGGAAUUCAGUACAUAAAUAUGUUGCAAAUUCCUGUGUUUGUGACAGAAGUGGGUUGCCCUGAAGGUCCUGAGGAGAGCAGCCCCUGCGUAGAACAGUUUGGUUAGCGACAUGUGGCUCCCACAAUGCACUUCUCUUCAUUUGAAAUUUUGGCUGUGGGGGUGUGUGCUUGUCCUCUAAAACUGUUCUAUAAGGUGCUGUUUUGAUUCCUGCUGAGACCCCAUGAGUGGGGAGGGUCCCAGAGCCCAGGUUCCAGCCUGAACACAAACAUCUACACUGCAGUUAAACAGCCCUGUGGCCUGAGCCCUGUGAGCCCAAGUCAGCUGACACGGGCCAGCCACUGGUGUUCAAUUGCAGUGUGGACAUACCCAUCUAGUCUGACUCUGUUCGUGCUCCCACUGAAGUCAAUGGCAAAACUUCCACGAGCAGGAUUGAGCCCAGUCAAGCAAGGUGCUGAACAUCUCCUGAGAGGGCUGACUUCAGUGGGAGUUGAGGGCUCUCAGAAGAUUGCAGCUGGUGUUCAGUGCUUUGCAGGAGCCAGGCCUAAUCUGGACAAGAUGGACACAAAUAAGACAAGACAACAGUUCGGGCAAAGGCGGGUGAGGGACCAUUGCAAAUGAGAAUAAGGUAGGCAAAAUUGCUGGAAUAGUAGGUGGGUUUGAAAGCGAGGCCAUGCUUGGCAGACAGAUGUUGAGACAUUAGUCCAGCUGCAAAUCCGUUCUCAAAAAUACAUUUUUGUGAAAUUUGUGCUUACUGUGGGCUUACUUCUGCUCCCAUGGAAAUCAGUGACAAAAUUCCCUGCUGUCUUCAGUGGGAGCAGGAUUGUGUCCCUGUAGUUGUCACUAGUGCAGGAAAGAACGUGGGUCAGCUGAUCUGCAGUAUGCCCUCAGACUCUAGACUGCAAGCCUCAUGGAGCGUUCACAGCUCAGUAAGCGUCAGAUCCACCUCAUGCCUCGUGUGAAAGGCUGAGUCCAGACCUCCUCUUGACUUGGCUGCUGAGGAAGUCCAGCCCUUUGUAGGAGAUGCCCAGCAUCCAGAAGGGGUGGGGCCUAGAUAAUCUUCCUCUUGUGUCGGAGACCAGGACGCUCACUUGCCUCAAAAGGAUGCUGUAAAGAGAAAGAUAUUGUUACCCCUUUUUGACCCGAGCAGCUAGUCAAAUUUCAGGGCCAUGGGGAUGUUCCAGCUGGAAGUAACAAUUGAUGGAGUCUGCUAUUUUCUUUGCUGCAAUCUUGUUUAUUUACAAGGAAUGUGCAAAGCCCUGUUUCUCUGAUCGCAGGAGGAAUCAAGAGCAAAGGGAGCAUUUCCUUAGCUUACUGCCCCAAGCCUCUUUAGCCAACAGCCCAAAAGCUUUUUCUCACUAGCUUUGUCCAGGAUCACACUGUGCUCACGGGCUGUUGCUUGGCUUUCUUGAUUUUUGCAUGCCUCUCCUCUGUUCUUGUCUGUCUUUAGUUUCUGUGUGUUCUCCCUCUCUCCCCCAACUCAACCCUUCCACCUACACAAUCCAAAACUCCUGAGUGGGCUCUGUUUGGCCUUGUUUUAAGUGUGGUCCCUUAAACGUCUCACAGCUAUUUUAAGUGGAGGUCACAUUCAUAUGUCAGUUGCAUUGAGGUUUUAACUCAGCCCAUAACAAGGUGUAAUCCAGUCCAUAUGCAUAUAUUGUUGGUUAGUGCUUUUAAGGCUUUAAUUUUAAAUGAUAUGUUUGCAAGAAGAAGAGCUCUAUAAUAUGAAUGAAGUGUACAUACACCAAAGUGACAAAAGGGGUAGAAAUGCUCAAAAAAACAAUAAUUUGUUAAACUAAUGAAAUCCUUUGGGGCCUUUUGGAAGGAAUGGGGAGUAGUGAAAAAUGGUUUGUUCUUUCUUUACUGCCUCUUACAUUUUUAUGUUUUUUACCUUCUGCAUUGGAAGGCUUGCUGUGACAUUUUAACCAAGGGCAAAAAAUGCUGAGUGUCUGGGUUGGUAGUGACUCUCUGCACCCUCACAGGUGGCUGACAAGAUGGGUAGGGAACUCUCUCUCUGAAUCUGAGACAGGAGAGGGAUAGCUGGGCUGCCCACAUGUUUUGGGCCUGAGGUGAGGUCACUGGCAGGCCCGGAACUCAGAGUCCCAGCUAUAUGCUUCUGAAGGCUGCAUUAAGUAUUUAAAGGCCAGUGUAGUGCUGGAGACUCAGCCCAAGAAAAGGAAGCCAUGGACAGAGUGUCUAGUUGGUACACUGUGCAUGCUGUAUACUGGCCUGGUCUGUUGCAGCUGGUUAGUUUCUGUUGUAAGGAAUUUGAAGCUAUUGGAGAUCAGAUCAAUCAAUCCCUGAAUGCAAACUGCUUAUGACCCACUGUCCCUCAGAGACACUUUAUACUGGUGUAUAAAAUGGGUUUAGUGAAAGCAGAAACCUGAUUGGUUUACAAAGGUUCAUUUAAUUCAGGGAGCUAGUGCAAUUUCAUGUCAGACCAUUGCAACCCCUUACCAAAAUGUAAGAAACAAGCAUUCUUAAAACUAACAACACAUGUAAGGAAAUGCAGUAACAGGAUGUCUGUGAUAGAGGCAUGCAGGUUUCUGGAACCAUCAUGGACCCUUUCAUAGGUUUGCUGCAAACCUUGGGCCUAAUUCUGGCAAGAGCUUCACCAAUGUAAAUCUGGAGUAACCUCACUGAUUUUAAUGGAGUCACUCCAGAUUUACAUUGGUGUAAGAAAUCAGAAUCUGGCCCUUAGAUGACUUCUUACUGCAAACUGCACACAACAUUAGUGGCUUGUCCCUCUGAUUGAAAUAUCAUUAUGAACUCUUUAAGGGAGUGCUUGAGUGUCCGUGUUUAUUUAUUAUGCCAAAGAUAAUGCUUCAUUUUGUGUGUUGUUUACUCUUUAAAGAGCAUUGUUUUCUAAGACUUUCACCUGAAGCUUACAGCUCCCACCAAGGUACAUUACCUAGAUGGCAACACCCACUGGGAGGAAUGGGUUAGGAAAUACCGCAUCAUGCUCCACAAUUACUGUCUGUAGCCAGUGGUCAUCCCUGAUCAGUAUUGUGAGCAGGUUUGAGUGCCAGAAUACCAGCAGCUCCACCGCAGCCCCAGCCUCUGGAGAGUUUGGGGUGGGGUAGGAACCGUUCUCCAUCUCAUCAACAACUACUCCCAGUGCACCAGCAUGGCUAAGAUCUGGAAACCUGUCACAUGUGGAGUCGAACUGAGAGCCCUGACAUCAGGGGGUGGGUGUGACACAUUAUAUAAACGUAGCACAUAAUUAAUAUAAAUUAUGCACUAAAACGUAGUACAUAAUUGUGAUGACUCACUGCAUCAGCUCCAAAAUCAUAACGUGAACUAGUAACUUGUAGGCCACAUCUGUUAUGACAUUUACUUUGAAUCCACAGGGAAAAGCUGAGAGGAGGGAACUGUUCCCUGCUGGAGAUGGUAACAUACAUCUCUCCUGCUAGUUCUGUGGCCUUUGGCAACUCAAUACAGAGUUGGGAUUAAGAUGAACAUAGGCGGUUUUUCAGCUUUUUCCCCCUGAAGCAAAACUUUUCCCUCAAGCAGGUUCAACACGUUUGCUCUUUGCCUCUCACAAAACCUGUUUACUUCAAGCAUUAAGAAAUGAUUGCUAACCGUCAUUGCUUGGGAUGUCUCCAGAAAGCAGCGCAUGUGCAGGCCCUUGCACUCCACACAAUGUCCUAGGCAUUGUACGAGUUUUGUAUUGCAGCAUCUGGGAGCAAGUCUUUAUCUCAGGACUGGCUGAAUAAGCACCGUCUAUAGUAGUUUGUCCCUACUGUGAGCAGGAAGCUAUAGGCUUAGCAGCUACACCAGUACACCGAUUCCUGCCACCUAUGUUCCACAGUGCAGUAUGUCAGAUUUGGAAAUUACCUCAAAGCCCUCACUCCCUGCAACAUGACUGAGUGCUGUAGGAUGGUGCUUCAAGAAUCCUGGAACCCACUGGUACAACAAUGGUUGUAAGAUUGUGUGUGGAUGUACCAAGAGAGUUCUGCAAAAGUAUUAAUGUUGCAUGGACAAGCAACACAACAAACCAGUUGAUGCGAUUGAUGUGCCUAAAAUGGUUUUCUUGCGUAGUGUAGGCAGAUCUGUAGUGAGUUGGGCAUUUGUUUGAUGUUGGUGAGGUCCUAAUACAUACUUGGUUUGCAAACCCAGAGAAAACACUAGUCACCACCAGAGCUGGGCACAACAGUGACACUCAAAUUUAUAUGAAGUAGGUGCAGUUUAAGGUCUUGCACAGGGAUGUACCAAUGUCACAACAGCUAAUGACACUAUGUGUAUGGGGCAAGUCACAUCACCAAUCUCUCCAUCCCACAGCAGUGAAGAUUUGUCUCCCCGACCUCUGCCACUCCCACCCACAAGAAGAUUGUACGUUGCAGCUGAUACCUAACAGGGUGAGUGGAGCUGGGACUUGGGAUAGUUUCCUAUCUCCUCCUGGGCCGAUGAACACGUCAAAUCAUUCCUGUGAUGUAACCUUGUCCAGUGUUACGAUGUAUAAAGUUUUGUACAUAUAAGAUUCAGAGCUUUUUAAUAUUUAUUAAUUUUGUUGUUGGUGGGGGUUUUUUGAAACUCUUAAUGUAAAAAAUCCACUCAUUGCCCUCACCCUUUUC